GUCUGCCGUUGACAGUUCUACCACAAAAUUCCCAAAUCAACUCGGAAACAAGGAAGAACGGAGAAAUCCCUCUUCUAACAGUUUGCAAAAACCUUGAGACAAAGGCGGACAAUGAAAAAUAUAGGAAAGCUGGUGUAUAGAGCUAUCCGCUUCAGCAAUAAUAACAAUAUACUAUUACCAAAUCCCUACAAAUUAAAUGGCUCUGCGCGAGGAUUGUGUGUAUAUCUUGUAUCCCAUCGACCACCUUUUGCUUCUUCUUCAAGCAAUCAUCCCGAUUUAGCCUCGUUGAAAUCUUCUUUACGCCCCUUUCAAUGGAAUCAUUUCCAAGGGCAGAGAAGGACCAUGUUUAUCCAGACGCAAUCAACUCCUAAUCCCUCAUCACUUAUGUUUUAUCCUGGAAAGCCUGUUAUGGAGGCGGGGAGCGCGGAUUUUCCAAAUGCACGUUCUGCCAUGAAUUCUCCACUGGCGAAAUCCCUCUUCGGAAUUGAUGGAAUUACUAGGGUUUUCUUCGGAUCAGAUUUUGUAACUGUGACUAAGUCGGAAGACACUUCAUGGGAUUUUCUGAAACCUGAAAUCUUUGCAGCAAUAAUGGAUUUUUAUUCCUCGGGGCAGCCAUUAUUCCUGGAUUCAAACACUGCAGCUUCCAUGGACACAGCCAUCCAUGAGGAUGAUUCAGAGACUGUUGCAAUGAUCAAAGAACUGUUGGAGACUCGUAUCCGUCCAGCUGUACAAGAUGAUGGUGGGGACAUCGAGUAUCGAGAAUUCAAUCCAGACACGGGAAUAGUUAAACUAAGGAUGCAAGGAGCAUGCAGUGGCUGCCCUAGCUCGUCCGUUACUCUGAAAUCUGGCAUCGAGAACAUGCUAAUGCAUUAUGUACCCGAAGUAAAAGGUGUGGAGCAGGAAUUUGAUGCUGAAGAUGAGAAUCCAUCGUUGAUUGGAGCGGCUCACGAGUAAUUGAAAUCUAGCUCAUGUCUCGAAAUUUUAUGUUGAUAAAGGGGAUAUUUUAUUACAUAUAUCUCUUGGUCAAAAGUGAUAAAUGUUGAGCCUUUAUUUGGCUUUAUUGUAAGUCCGUUAAGUAGGGUCUUAGGGUCAUGUCUUAAAACUUGCGUUCUAAUUUGGAUUUUGGUAAUAAAAAUAAAUUAUGAGGGAAGUAAAUGUAUAGUAACUCUA